GGUCCGGCCCGGGAUGCUGCGUGGAGCUGAGCACUGAAGCGGGCGCCAUGGGGCGCGCGUCGUAGCCCCCCGCCGUGGCCCCCCCCGCGCGUGGCACCGGUGGCAGAGCCCACUCGGUCGGUGCUGAGCGCUCCUUGAUGGAAUUGCGGUGAAUGGAACAGAAGCCCAGCACCCUGGACCCGCUGUCGGAGCCAGAGGACACCCGGUGGCUGGAUGGCAAGCGCAAAAGAAAGAGCAGCCAAUGUUUGGUGAAGAGCAGCAUGUCAGGGUACAUCCCUAGUUACCUGGACAAAGAUGAACAGUGCGUGGUGUGCGGGGAUAAAGCCACCGGCUACCACUACCGCUGCAUCACCUGCGAGGGCUGCAAGGUGAGAGGGGCUUUUUUCCGUCGGACCAUCCAGAAGAACCUGCACCCCACCUACUCCUGCAAGUACGAUGGCUGCUGCGUCAUCGACAAGAUCACCCGCAACCAGUGCCAGCUCUGCCGCUUCAAGAAGUGCAUCUCCGUGGGCAUGGCCAUGGACCUGGUGCUGGAUGACUCGAAGCGGGUAGCGAAGCGGAAGCUGAUCGAGGAGAACCGGGAGCGGCGGCGGAAGGAGGAGAUGAUCAAGUCGCUGCAGCAUCGCCCCAACCCCAGCGCGGAGGAGUGGGAGCUGAUCCACGUGGUGACGGAGGCCCACCGCAGCACCAACGCCCAGGGCAGCCACUGGAAGCAGAAGCGGAAAUUCCUGCCCGAGGACAUCGGCCAGUCACCCAUGGCCUCCAUGCCCGAUGGGGACAAAGUCGACCUGGAGGCGUUCAGCGAGUUUACAAAAAUCAUCACCCCGGCCAUCACCCGCGUGGUCGACUUUGCCAAAAAACUGCCCAUGUUUUCGGAGCUGCCUUGCGAAGACCAGAUCAUCCUGCUGAAGGGCUGCUGCAUGGAGAUCAUGUCGCUGCGGGCGGCCGUGCGCUACGACCCCGAGAGCGAGACGCUGACGCUCAGCGGGGAGAUGGCCGUCAAGCGGGAGCAGCUCAAGAACGGCGGCCUCGGCGUCGUCUCCGAUGCCAUCUUCGACCUGGGCAAGUCCCUCUCUGCCUUCAACCUGGACGACACCGAGGUGGCCCUGCUCCAGGCUGUGCUGCUCAUGUCCUCAGACCGGACGGGGCUGAUCUGCGUGGAGAAGAUCGAGAAGUGCCAGGAGACGUACCUGCUGGCCUUCGAGCACUACAUCAACUACCGCAAACACAACAUUCCCCACUUCUGGCCCAAGCUGCUGAUGAAGGUGACGGAUCUGCGGAUGAUCGGCGCCUGCCACGCCAGCCGCUUCCUGCACAUGAAGGUGGAGUGUCCCACCGAGCUCUUCCCCCCCCUCUUCCUCGAGGUCUUCGAGGACCAGGAGGUGUAGGGCUGCCACCCCCCUUCCCCCCCCCCCCCGUGCCCCCCCAUCCCCGCUCCGCCCCCCCCCCCCCUUUGCCCCCCAAAUUUUUCUUAUCCCUGCCCCCCCUCCUCCCAGGGGCGAGGGCGGGGGGAUGCUGCGCCCAGGGUGGGGGUCCCGCCGUGCCCCCCACGGCUGCCACCCCCCGCCGCCACCCCCGCGCCCCAGGACUUGACGAAUUUUGUUUGUUUGCACAGGAAGGGCCCCGACGGUCGAGCGUUUCCUUUAUUGUCCUUCUCUUCUUAGAUUAUUAUUUUUUAAGCAUUUAUUUCCCUCCCUGAGAGGCUAAAAUAUUAAACUAACUGCACUUUGGAA